AUAUGAGUGCCCAGACCUCCGCAUCCUCUAAUUCGACCAAGCCAAGGGAAAGGGCUUUUGGAUUUGAGCAUCGUCGCCUACCUCCUCAGACAUGGCCAGGAAGUUCUUCGUCGGCGGCAACUGGAAAUGCAAUGGGACCAGCGAGGAGGUCAAGAAAAUUGUCAGCAUCCUGAACGAUGGCAAAGUUGCAUCGGCUGAUGUUGUCGAUGUGGUGGUUAGCCCUUCAUUUGUUUUUCUUCCGCUCGUAAAAAGCUCGUUGCGCCCUGAAUUCCAUGUCGCAGCACAAAAUUGUUGGGUUAAGAAAGGAGGUGCUUACACUGGUGAGAUUAGUGCUGAGAUGCUUGUCAACCUUGACAUUCCAUGGGUCAUUCUGGGACACUCUGAACGAAGGCUUUUGUUGAGUGAAUCAAAUGAGUUUGUUGGAGAUAAAGUUGCAUAUGCACUGUCUAAAGGCCUGAAGGUGAUUGCUUGUGUUGGUGAGACACUUGAGCAGCGUGAGUCAGGAACCACGAUGGAUGUAGUUGCUGCACAAACAAAAGCUAUCGCAGAACGGAUUUCUGACUGGACCAAUGUGGUUGUGGCUUAUGAGCCAGUUUGGGCAAUUGGAACUGGAAAGGUUGCUACCCCAGCUCAGGCCCAGGAGGUCCACUUGGAAUUAAGGAAGUGGCUUCAAACAAACGUGAGUGCUGAAGUUGCAGCGUCAACCAGGAUCAUAUAUGGAGGUUCUGUAAGUGGGGCUAACUGCAAAGAGCUUGCAGCACAGCCUGAUGUCGAUGGAUUUCUUGUAGGAGGUGCUUCUUUGAAGCCGGAAUUCGUGGACAUCAUCAAUGCUGCUACAGUCAAGUCGUCUGCCUGAGGACACACUCCUAACUCUCAAGUCGAGGCUCAUGUAUUGACCUCUGAAUUUUGUGUUGAGAAUCCGUGGGUUUUUCUUGUAGUUUCUUUGCUAAGAACCGAGUGAGGGAAGCACCUCAAGGAUGAAUAAGCCAUAUUUCAGAUUCUGCAACUCUCAAAAAUCGGCACAACUUGUUUAUUUGCUUUGUGAUAAUUAUCAUUUCCAACUAAUUGUAAGUUCAGCUUCUCCACCACUUGGGAGACCUGCUCUUUACCACAUUUUAGCUGGCAAUGCCGACAGCAAUAAGAUGCUUUCAUGACA